UGACGGAGAAGGCAAUAUGAACGCAGCAGUGGUGAACGGUUGGGUUCAUACUUUCAGUGAUUGAGAGAGCACCCAAGCAAGCGAGUAGCUUCCACUCUCUCUCAAUUACAAUUUCAACUCCACUCUUUUUCUUUCUUCUUCUUCUUAUUACUAUUACCCUUUUCCAUUUCCCCCUUCAUUUCUCUCUUCAAAUUUAGGGUUUCCAAUUCCAACAAUCUAGGGUUUUCAUGUUCUUCGAAUCUCAAUUUUUCAUGUCUUAUGAAUCGAUAUGUUCUCUCUUUUCUCCGAACCCUUCCUCCUCGCCGUCACACUAACCGCCCUCUGUUUCUUCCUUGCGCUCUUCUCUCUCUUCCGACCGUUUUCCUUUCGCUUUUCAUUCACCAGAUUCACGCCGCCGUUCAACCACUGCAACUGCGCUUCCUCCGAUUCUCAAGAUUCUGUGCCUUACUUGAACGGAACUGUUGCGGAGAUGAUGGAGAUCAGUCCUUCUCCUGCGCCGGUUGUGUUGCCUGAUCGUCGCAGUGGUUCUUCUAUGAUGGAGGAGCUUGUUCCCGAGAUUACUACGCACACGCUUAGUUAUUUGGAUUAUCCGAGUUUGUGUCGGCUUUCGAUGACUAAUUCUUUGAUGCGGAAGGCUGCUAAUGAUGAUAAUGCCUGGAAAGCACUCUAUCACAAGGUGAAUAAUUCAUUGCUCUUCAUGUUAUCUUUUUGACCAUUUUAAUUCCUAGGUUUAGAACAAUUGCUGUUACAAAAAUAUUUGAGCUGAAAUACUUGUAAAUAAAUCCUAGAAUGUCCAAUGAAGGUGUUUGAAAAUAGGAAGAAACGGGGUAUGGUUAAACCUUUUGUGAUAGGGUGAAGAGGGAUAAUUGA